ACUAAGGAGAGAGCCAAGCUGGAUAUCGUUUAUACAUAGAUGAGACCUGAAAUUUCAUCAUUUGGUUGAAUCAUCGAGAAACAGAAUGCCUGAAACUGCAUAUACAAGAGAAAUAAGAGGGCUAUGGAGAACCUAACUUUGCAGGGGGGCAGGUGAGGAAAAGACUUUAUAAAUGCCAGAGACCUGGAAGAAGAUGGAGCAAGGACAUGAAAACAGAAACCAAGAAAGCACAGAAGCAAGUGAGAAGAGUUGCAAGAGAGUGAAAAAUCAAUAAUGGCAAACGAGGCUGAAGAAAUAGCAGCUUUGUCUUUGGUCACUGGAAGGUCACUGGUAGCCCUGCAGUUAAAUAAAGUGGAAAGGAUGGAAGCCAGACCACAAUGGACUGAACAAUGAGGGGGAGAUGAGGAAGUGGGGACAGCAAAUGUAAAGUUUUCUAUUAAGAAGUCUUGUGGUGAAGAGGAGAAAUGAAUAGGACCCCAACAUGAGAGGCAGCAGGUCGAGGAAAACAAGGUUUAUUUUGCAGAGGAAAUUUAAGCACAUUUUAAAACCAAAGAGAAUGAGUAUGUAGAUAGAUACAACUUGAAGCUAACAAGAUGGAGUGCUAAAGUGACAGAGUCAAUUCCUGGAGUGUAAUGAAAGGAACUAAUUCAAGAGAACUCAUGGAAAAAGAAAGACUCUUCUUCCUCAGAAACAAAAAGGAAGGAAGUCAAGAUGGAGGGAGACACUCUGGGAAAUUCUGCCAGACUGGAGGGGAGCUGAGGGAGCUGAUGACAAGGAGGCCCGGUGCUGAGACUUCAGUCCAGGCCCUGAAUGGCUGGUCUCCAGUUGGCGCCACCUCUGCCUGUGGGCGUUAUGCUCCCAUAUAAUAAAACGGAAACUCCAAGGCUCCACCCAGCCGAGCAAGACCCCUAUGAAAAAGGUGACUCUCCCCAGCGGUCCUCGAUGGGGCACCUGAGGAACAAUUUCCAGCAGAAGCUUUGGAGCAACAAAGAGCUGACACUGGAUAAUCUCUCCACUCACCCCAAGUGGAGCACCUGCACAAAAGUCCAGAGCUACUCCCAUCCCCACCGUGCUGGAGUCAGCCAGCAAGAUCCAGGAAGCAAGCCCCAGGGCCAAGCAAAGUGUUUGUUUUACUCAUCAGGCCCUCAAUCCCGGUAUUCCAAAGCAAACAACCAGGACUUCAUCCCCUUUACAAAGAAGCGAGUUGGAGUAGAUCGGGCAUACCCACUGAAACCUGUGUUCCAUCGGAAGUCUCGUAGUAUAGGUGAGGCUGGCACUGAUGGGGACCAGGAUGUCUCUCCAAGACCCCCUGAGCCAGGAGAGUUUUCAUACAGCAGCUUUGGUUCAAGAAACUGGGUGAAUUCCUCUGUGGCUGGCACUGUUGCCGCCACGCAGGGGGAGAGGGCGAUGGCAAACCUCAACACGACUGCGUGGAUGCGGAUCCAAAGACUAGAGGCUGCAGGAGAGAACUUACAGGAGGAAAUCCGAAGAAAAGAGACCCUCCUGAGGGAAAAGCUGAAGAAGACAGAGGAGGAACUCAGAAGGAUCCGGAAGGAAAAGCAACAGGCAGAGGCAAAUGAAAGAAGAGAGCUCCAGGGAGAGACACUCCCCAGGAGGAGAGUUAAAGGUAGUAGCAACGCCACGUACAAACGUCUCUUCUCCCCAGAGUUGGGGUCUGAGGAGGUCUUCAGUAGAGACAGGGGAGAGGACGAAACUUGGGUAUGGUCUCAAGAAAAUUCUAGGCCAUUCCAGUUCUCUGAUUAUGGAAUACAGAAGCUCAAAAGGGAAAGACUGGUGGCAAGCAAUAACAAAAUCCGAGAGCAAGUCUCAGGGCCGUUGAGGGAGAAGUUUUCUCAGCCUUCAGAAGUGCCAGGCAGUGCUUUGCAGGGACCCACCAGCAAUUCCAGCUUGUCUGGGGCACCAGACUCCUCAGGUUCCAGCUGUCCCACUGAAGAGCCAGAACUUGGCGAGUGCAGCCACUGUGGACGCAAGUUUCUCUUGCUCAGGCUGGAGAGACACUCCAACAUCUGCAGCAGGAUGCAGGGUUCCAAGAGGAAAGUGUUCGACUCCUCCAGGGCCAGGGCUAAAGGCACUGAACUAGAGCAGUACUUGAACUGGAAGGGAUCAGCCUCAAUCAAGGCUGAACCCCCUCGGAAGAGCAGCUGGAGACAGAGGCAUGAAUCUUUCAUCCGUACCCUCCGUCAGGCUCGAGAGCUCCAGCAGGUAAUUGCCAAAGGUGGAAACCCCUCAGACUUGCCUCCCAUCCUGCCUGCAGAAAAUCCAGACUAUAUCCAGUGUCCUCAUUGUAGCCGCCAUUUUGCUCCCAAGGUGGCCGAGCGGCACAUUCACAAGUGUAAGACCAUCAAGAACCGUCCUCCACCUCCAAGGAAGCAUUACAGUUGAGGAAACAACAGUGGAAACCUCCUCCCUAGUUCUGAAGGCUCUGCUUCUCUUCAGCAGUAAAUAGGAAUAGAAUAAUUUGAUGCAAAGCAGUAAGAACUAAAACUUUUACAUCUCCGAGGUCCGCCUGCAGAGCUGAAACCAGUGAGGAGAGACCAAUUGCUAAGUAGAAGGAGGCAGAAGGAAGCCCCAGCUUCCCACUAAAUUACCACCUCAGGCUGGUGUGCCUUCUGUUAUUGCCCUAAGAACUGAUGAGUGAAGGCACAAGAGUAGCGAGCAGGCUACAUUAAAGCUCUCUUCUCCUAAGCCUGACUUGUGGUUUAUGCUAGCUAAGUGCCUCCGUUUGCUGUGCCUUCUUGCCACUGCCUCUGCGUGUAUGUCUGUGGUUCCUGUUAACUCUUCUUGAUCUUGCAUGAAGUUGGCUCAUUAGGAUGAGUUGGUGUCAGAGGAUCAUGGUCACCCAGGUGGUAUCUUAUAAAAGGUAAUAUGAUUUUGCUGAAAGGAAAAUAGAAGUCUGUCCUUAACUUCCCUGGUGCAUAGUCCUGGCCCAAAGCCAACAGAAGUACAUAAGGUUAGGGCACCAGAGUAUCCUAAACCCUCUCUGUGGUGUACUGUGUAAUAAAGGGAACCUCAUCUUUAUGUACUUUACAGGCUAGGGAUGGGGGAAAGAACAUUAUACGCCUAAAUGGUUCUUUUCUAAUGGAUUUCAUAUGUCAAAAAAAAAAAAAAGGAAGAAACUUGUUUCAGCUAUUGCUAGCACUCUCCUUUCAAAUCAGGUUGGUUGGAUGGCUUUUUAAGUGAGGCAGCAAAAUCUGCCAUCAAAGCAAGCUCAGACACUCCGGUGUCACAUCUUCCUGUGGAUUAUACCACAAUAAACCAAACUUUGAAGGAAAAGGUGCCAGAUCUUUUAAAUUUUCUCUGUGCAGAAUCAUGCCUAAUGCAAGUAACCUUUAUAAUUAGGCCCUCAAUAAAUGGGUUUUGGGGAUUUAAAAUUAAAUGAAUAAUAAAAUGAGUGAGUCCUAGACUUGUUAAAUGGGAGAAGGGAUAAGGUAAUGCCUUAUGGGGGUAAUAUCAGUUCAGAUAGGAUGACGCUAGCGCAAAAGAGCUGAAUACUAGGAUUGUUGUCCUGAGAGCAUCACUCAAAUUGUUAGUUUAAAAUACUGGAGAAAAAUCACCCAACCUGACCUGGGCAAAUGGGACUGGGCAGACAACAAAACCAUAUUUUACUAAACAACAAAUGGCCACUCACUCUUGUUCCAUUUCCUCUGUAGCUUUUGCUGAGUGGCUGGGCUAACAGAUCAGACCAAUUUGAAAUGUGAGUUUAAGGUUUUAGCUGUGAAGCUGCAGGACACUAGGCUGAAAAAAAAUUGUAUAUUUUAAAAACAGCAUAUAUUGAAUUGCUUUAUGCUCUUCUUAAUUGUUGCAAAGAAAAGGAGGUAUCACAUAAUGGGCUUCUGGUUGGCCACUUAAAGAAACCUCACAUAGAGACACUGGACAUUUAACUCAAUACAUACAUUCCCCAGGCAAGUUUAAAGAGGUACACACUUUGUUUCACACUAAUGGUAAAAGCAAUAGAUGACAAGAAUGAGCUGUGGCCAAGGUCCAAAAGUGGUAGCCUGUGGACUGCUUUGCCCCUCAUAUAUGUUUUAUUUGGCUGGCACAGCACUAAAAAUAUAAUCUGACAUUUAAGAAUUGGGAUCUCUCUUGAAAAACUGGAAGUUCUGGAAGCACU